UUUACAUUAUAUUAAGGAAGUAGAGCUUGAUACAAAGACAAAGAAAUAGAAGGGCAAAUACAUCAUCAGGGGAUGAUCUACUACACCUUCUCAUUCUAAAAAGAGGUGGGAAUCAAUACGUCGUUGUUUGAAAGCAUAAAAUGAACGCAAGAGUUUGCGGAUGCUAAGAGCGACAUCAUCAGGAACGCACACAAUGAGUACUCUUGCUAGAGUCAGGGUGGUUGAUGUCGCUGUCUUAGGAUUGAGGCUUGCUAAAGGUAUGACCUUGUCGUUUUUAGUGUUAUAGAAGCAAAGACUUUUACACUAAUAUAAAGCAGUUACACUGUCUUUACCUGAGUUUGACGCACAAAAGGACUGUGUUAUGUGGGACUUUCUUUUAACAUUCACUAGAAGAGGACUUUGAGGGACCUUCUUUUAAG